AUGCAACUCCCCCCGCUCGCCGUGAUGGCGACCUGGCCGACGCCAAACUAUGUCGACCCUCCGACUCGCGGCCACGGCGUUCUCAUCGUGAAUGUCGUCUGUAUCUCUUUAGCAUUCUUGGUGGUCAUGCUCCGUCUAUAUACUCGAUUACGAAUUACAUGCAGUGCCGGUGUCGACGACGUUCUCAUUGUGAUCGGUCUUGCUUUUGCUAUUGCCAUGAUAGCUAUCACCUCGCUGGCCUCGGAAAAUUGGGGCUGGAAUCGUCAUAUUUGGGACGUGCCCGAAACGUGGCUAUCGACUCUACAGAAACUCAACAUCGUCUUUCAAAUUAUGUUCUCCUGGUCGUCGAGUAUCACCAAGAUCUCGCUGCUGUGGUUCUGUCGUCGGCUCCUCGGUGCUGGAAAGGGAAAUUUCAGGCAGUUUAACUGGGCGUUUAUUGGGUCGAUGAUCUUUGUCGGACUGUCUUGUCUCAUGUUCACAUUUAUCAGUAUCUUCCAGUGCUCACCCGUCAAGGCGUACUGGGAUGUCAGCCCUACUUACCCAUACAAAUGCCUGAACGGAGGAAGCAUUGUCUUCUCCGCUAGUGUCAUCAACAUCUUCACCGAUUUUCUGGUCACAGCCCUGCCAAUGCCUCUGAUCUGGAGUCUCAAGCUUCCCGCCCGCCAGCGUCUUGCCGUCAUAUCUAUCUUCGGUCUGGGAAUCAUCGUCAACGUCGCGGGCUCCGUUCGCACUGUCUACGUCUGGAAGAGCAUGGUCGUCGGCUACGAUACAACCUGGCUCGGCUGGCCUGUUCUCAUCGCUGCCUCGGUGGAAAUCAACCUGGGCCUGAUCUGCUCCUCCGCUCCAGCCCUCCGCCCGCUAAUCGCAACAUUCCUCCCCCGUCUCCUCAACUCCACCCGCAACUUAACCUACUCCUACAACCAACGCAGUCGAUCCCAAAAACUAUUCUCAUCAACCGGCCGCUCCCGACACUCCCACAUGCCUGCAACGCAAAACUCGCGCAAGGGCGACUACGAAAGCGACCGCUUCGAAAUUAUGCGCACCGUCGAAAUGGAGACGUGGACCGAGUCCCGGCUCGAGCACCAUGAUGCAAUCGGUCAUACGUAUGACAUUGGUACUCAGAAUCGGGCUUCUUCGCCUGAGAGUAUUGGGAUGAAGAAUGGUGGUGUCGUCUUUUCGUCUGCGGCUAGUGAGAAGUCGUCUAGCUCGUUGACGAGAGAUGAAGCUUAUUAUGGACGGCGAUGA